CCGUGGUCGAAGAGCUCCGAUGUGUUCCAAGAGGAGGAGGAGGGACACGAUUGUAGCCACACGAUGACAUUACCAGUUCAUCAUGAUCUGCCUACCGCUGACUAGAUACAUAUAACCGGCCUGGGCGGUUGAGCGCGAGGCCUUGUCUUCCUCUUGUUAAAAAAAAUAAGAGCAGCCCAAAAAACCAGGAAAAGCUAGAAAAGUUCAUCAAGGGAAACAAAUGCAUCCUGCUAGUACCAACAUGCUUUUAAUCUUCCUAGGGGCAUGGUUCACCCUGCUCGACUCAGUCAUUGCUCCUCCACCUCCGUCUCCAUUUCCUUCACCUUCUUCGCCCGUCAUACCAACCGCUUCUCCCACCAGUCACCCCAUUGUGACUCCUUCGCCUCCACCCUCCACCACUGUUGUCCCCACGACAUCUUUCACCUUCACCUUUAACCCCGUGGUGGUGACGACGACUGAAAUCGCGACCUGCGCAGCUGUAGCUGCGCCUCCAGCAGCCUGCAUACCUGCCAUCUGCGUGCCCACCCUCACCGUCACCUCGGUAGCGACGUCGAUAUCCACCACCACAGUGACGCACAGUGUUGUUCAGUCAAUCGUGCCCCCGGCCAUCACCGUCACCGAGACCUUCUGUCCUGCACCGCCACCGGCACCCCCAGCAGCAGCACCUCCUGCCCCUUCACCUCCACCUCCUCCCGUCAUCUCCUCGCCACAUAUCUCACCGACAUCGUCCCCGUCCCCGGCGCCUCCCUUCCCAUUUCCAAGCCGCAACGCCACCGCCAGCGUCAGCUUCAGUCCGGGCGUCAGUCCCAGCGUAAGCCACUCAGUUCCGACACUGACCCCAGGCACCACCGCUGUCCCAACCGUGCCGGCCGGUAGUCCGUCGCCUGUGCUGCCUACCGCUGGACCUGGACCUGGACCUGGACCUGGACCUGUUGUUCCUCGGGACAACAUUCUAGCUAAACGCAAUGAAACCCCUGGGAUGAUUGAUACUAGAGCUCCGGAUGGAGAGGUUCUCCGGCGUGUGUUUGCUGUUUGA